CGAAAGUCCAGCUGCCCGCUUGUAACCAAACUACAACUCCCAGUAGGCAACAGGGAGGCGUUCGGGGACCUGGAAUAUGGCGGCCGCAGUUGUGGCUGCGCUGAGAGGCCCGGGGCUGAAGGGUGUCCCUAUACUCAGGGCACUCCUCCAGGGAGCUUUCUCCUGUAGAGUCCGGCUGCAGCACAGCCGCAGCCCACUGCAGACCAAGCACGAGCCAGGGCCCUGGCCCCCAGGCCUCGAGUACAUCCCCAAGAAGAAGGCCAAGAACCCCAUGAAGGCUGUGGGGCUGGCAUGGGCCAUCGGCUUUCCUUGUGGGAUCCUCCUCUUCCUCUUCACUAAGCGAGAAGUGGACAAAAACCGUUUGAAGCAGAUGAAAGCCCUGCAGAACAUGCGGACUGCUAACAGCGGGGAGUAUGAGAGGCAGAGGUUCAAGUACUCAGCCUCAGAGAAUUUCACUCCUCAGACUGGGGCUGGGGUGAAGUCCUGAGAUACAGCACCUGGAGCCCUGGCAAGGAUGACAAACUGAUGAACAGAGGACCUGAAGUCCCAGGCUCUGCUCUGUUGUGGUCAUCCCUGGUGUUCCACCAGGGGGCAUCUGGAACCAGGUUCAUCAGGCAGGCUCCACCCUCCUGAGUGAUGUAUAAAGAAGGCCAAUAAAGUCACUAUUUUGCCCUGAAAA